AUGGUUGAAACCCAGGGUCCGACAGUGACCGGUAUCGCGCUGGCUUUCGCCAUCAUCACUGUCUUUGUCAUCCUCCUGCGUCUCUUUGCUCGACUCUAUGUUCUCAAGAAAUUCGAUGUUGACGAUGCUCUAAUUAUCUUUGCCUGUGGCUUCUCCUGGGCCUUCUCCGCUGUGACAAUUGUGGCCGUCAAGCAUGGUCUAGGCAUGCACCUUGACGAUGUAGACCCAAGCAACAUGGUCACCUAUGCGUUUAACGUCUGGCUGAGCUCCAUGUUCUAUCUAUCCUGUCUCGGCUUCGUCAAAACCUCUGUCUGCUGGUUCUAUACCCGCCUGGGCGACAAGUACCUCCGCCGAAUGUCCUAUAUCAUGUUCGGCAUCGUCGCCUGCCAAGCCAUUGCCAACGUUUGCACCGCUGCUUUCCAGUGCAGGCCUAUCUCCAAGGCCUGGGAUACCACCUUGAAGGGUACCUGCGUCAACAUUAACGUCUUCUACUUGGCCAACGCAGCGCUCAACAUCCUCACCGAUCUGCUCACGUAUACGCUGCCAGUGCGGGUGAUCUUCAAGCUCCAGAUGCCACGCAAGCAGAAGAUUGCUCUCGUUUUCAUCCUCUGUUUGGGACUUUUUGCCUGCGUCUCCUCCAUCGUCCGUAUCACCUACAUCCCCACCAUGCUCUCGUCUGAUGACGCAACCUGGGCCAUCAGCGGCGCCAUGUACUGGUCCGCCAUCGAGAUCAACGUUGGCAUCCUCGCCGCCUCAAUUCCCUCCUUCAAAGCUAUCGCCUCGCGCUUCCUCCCCCGCCUCAUUGGCGAGUACUCGUCCAACAAGGCCUACAAUUACGCGUACGGUGCAGGCUCCGGCUUCUCAAAGGUCCGUGAUCCGUCGCGGAACCAGUCUGUGCAUAUGCAUAGUCUGCGCGGUAGGGCCAACGACCACACGGUUAUUGGGACAGGGAAUCUUAGCGGGAUCGAUCGGUCGAGCGAGGAGAGAAUCUUUGUCCCCGAAGGCAAGAUCUAUGCCCAUACGGAGAUUGAGGUUCGGCAGGACUAG